GGGAGUUGUACACAGCACAGAGGGGCAGAGUGUGUGUGCGUGUAUUCUGGAAGUGGAUCGAGUUCAUGUAUUCUCUCUGCCCUGAUCUCGUAUUACAAAGCCUGGUGAAUGAGGGAGUGAACGGAGGAGAGAGUUCCGCUAUGCAAACUGACAGCAUCGUAUGUCUUGAUUCCCGAGGUUUUGAAAGAAAACAAAAGGGACAACGUGGGUGACUAAAACUAAGAAGUAGUGAAAGAAAUGGAAUAAUCUAGGUUACUACAUUUUUGCCGGACACUGUAGAGAUAACGUACGGAAAACGGAUACGAUAUCUGCUAGACGUCAGUUUACGGACAGAGCUGUGCAGAUGAGCCAGACAGGGUGAAUAUUGCAUUAUUACAGAGGCAGCUGAUAUACGGACCGCCGUGCAACAGAGAACACACGCUACGGUUACUUCUGAAACAGUCUGACAGGAGCUGUGUCCACCAUCUGUCUUGCCUGCCACUCAUCACCCAGUCAGUGACCCCAGUAAGCUUGAGGAGGAGGAGUUGGAACAAUGGGCGGGGCAAAGGUCCUGCUGCUUUCACUUCUAAUUGGUUGGGGAACGGUUAUGUGUAUAAACUGGAACCCAAUCCCCCGCAAGACUGUCAAGCAUAGUGAUGUGCGUGACAGCAUGGCCAAGUUUUGGGCGCCGGGGGUGUGGAACUACACCAUGGUGACGCUGGCGGAGCAUGACAGGGUCCUGUACGUGGGGGCGCGGGAGGCACUCUUUGCCUUGGACCCCAGCGACAUCAGCAGGCAGCUUAAACCACAGAUCGAUUGGCCAGCCCCCAUUGAGAAGAAGAGAGAGUGCGUGUUGAAGGGCAAAAACAACCAGACCGAGUGCUUCAACUACAUCCGCUUCCUGCAGAGCUACAACCACACCCACCUGUACACCUGUGGCACCUAUGCCUUCCAGCCCAGAUGCACCUACAUUAACGCCGAUCACUUCACCCUCUACAGCUCCAGCCUGGAGGACGGCAAGGGGAAGUGCCCUUACGACCCAGCCAAGGGCCACACUGGGCUGAUAGUGGACAAGGAGCUAUACUCAGCCACUCUCAAUAACUUCCUGGGCACGGAGCCGGUGAUCCUGAGGAACCUGGGGCAGCAGCACUACAGCAUGAAGAGCGAGUACCUGCCAGCCUGGCUCAACGAGCCGGACUUUGUGGGGUCAGCGCUGGUGAGGGAGAGCAGCGGGAGCAAGGAGGGAGACGACGACAAGAUCUACUUCUUCUUCAGCGAGCGUGCCGUGGAGCUGGACUGCGACAGUGAGCUCAUCGUGGCUCGAGUGGCACGGGUCUGCAAGGGCGAUCAGGGUGGAACACGCACCCUGCAGAAGAAGUGGACCACGUUCCAGAAGGCGCGGCUGGUGUGCUCGCUUCCCGAGCGUCACGUGACCUUUAACAAUCUGCGUGCGGUCUUCACCUUGCCCGGCCCUGAAUGGAGGAGCACCACCUUCUUCGGCAUCUUCCAUGCCCAAUGGGGUGACGUGGACGUGUCGGCCGUGUGUCAGUACCAGAUCGACGAGGUGAAGAAGGUGUUCGAUGGGCCCUAUAAGGAGUACAAGGAGGCGUCCCAGAGGUGGGGCCGGUUCACCGGCCCGGUGCCCAGCCCGCGACCUGGCGCGUGCAUCAUGAGCUGGCACAGGGAGAACGGCUACAACAGCUCUCUGCAGCUUCCCGACACCACGCUCAACUUUGCCAAGAAGCACCCGCUGAUGGAGAAUCGCGCUCAGGCUCGCCCCCUGCUGCUCACCAAGGGCGUCAACUUCACCCGGCUGGCCGUGGACAGAGUCAUCGCCAUGGACCAGAGGCCCUACAGCGUGCUCUUCAUUGGGACAGCGGAUGGCUGGCUACAGAGAGCCGUCAUUCUCGGCUCUGAGGCCCAUGUGAUUGAGGAGAUCCAGCUCUUUGACUCCCCGCAGCCAGUGGACAGCCUCACCAUUUCCCACUCCAAGAAGUUUCUAUAUGUUGGCUCCCGCUCAGAAGUUCUCCAGCUGCCCUUGGCAAACUGCAGCCGCUACCAGUCGAGCCCAGACUGUCUGCUGUCCCGGGACCCCUACUGCGGCUGGGACAGCGAGGGCCGAGUCUGUGUCCGCAUCGACCUGCACCGCGGCUCCAUGUCCACCCUCACGCAAGACCUCAUGCUGGAACGCUUCAACCGGGGAAAGGCCAAGUUUGACAAGCCCUUCACCAUUCCCAGCCCAGAUCCCUCCAGGCUGCGGAACGUGACGGUGGUGGUGGGGUCCGACCUCGUGCUGCCAUGCCACCUGGUGUCGAACCUGGCGCAGCCGUCCUGGCUGCUGAACGACCGGGAGCUCCUGCUGGGGGGCGACGGGGCGGCGGGGGCGCGUUUCGACACGGCGCUGCGGGCGCUGGUGAUCCCACAGGCCGGCCCCCAGCAGGCGGGCCGCUACACCUGCUACUCGGAGGAGCAGGGUGUCAAGUUCCAGACGGAGCGCUACCAGGUGGCCGUGGUGGCCAGCGCCCCUGUGUUCAUGGAGGCCCGUGCCCCCGACGGCAGCAUGGGCCUCUUCUGGGUGCUGGUGAUCACUCUGGGCGCGGCCUGCCUGCUGCUGCUGGGCGUGGCCCUGUACCUGCGGCGCCGGCUCAAGCUGGCCCUGGGCAAAGGGGCGGAGAUGAAGCCCCUGGAGAGCACCCUGGUCUACCCCAUCACCCUGCCCAAGGAGCCGCCCACCUUCGUGCCCAGCAAGAUGUCCAGCGACGAGGACCGCUUCUGGGAGACGGGCGCCAACUACUACUACUCGGACGGCUCGCUGAAGAUCGUGCCCGGCCACGCCCUGUGCCCCAGUGCCAGCCCGGCGACCCCCAGCGCCAUCCCCGGCCAGCCCAUCCACUCCCCCAGCCGCCUCAGCCUGACGAACAUCCGCGGCUCCGGCAGCAACGGCUACAUCCGCCUCAACCUGAGCACAGCAGGGGAGGAGAGGGGCAGCGGGGGUGGCGGUGGGGGCCUCGGCAGCGGCAACGACUACUCCAGCCCCUUCAAGGAGGAGCUGCGCAGGACCCUGCAGCAGCGGAGCGUGCUGCCCGACGCCAACCCCGAGGAGUCGUCCGUGUAGCCCUGCGAGGGGGAGGACCCGCCGCCUGCGACGACUGCAACUCCGAAAGACAACUGCAACUGACCUACCUCCCUCCCUCCGCGGAGCCCUCUCUCUCAUCACUCCGCUCUCUCGCUCAUUUUCGACCCAUUCCCGCUCUGCCCCGCUCCAUCGGGGGGGCUUUGUGCACGGACGGCCCUCGGGGACACUGUACUGCCGCACCUCGCCCGGCGCUUUCUGCUCCAAGCAUCGCAGUCCCAUCCUUCAACGAGCUCAUACAACUGUGUAAAUUCUGUAUUUAAAGACAGAGGACUGCUCCUCAAGCAUGGCUGUCAGACGAAUGGAGAGGAGUUUCAGGACUGAAAAGGCAAGGCACCUCCUUACAGCAAGACUGGCUGGAGUGUCUGUGACUCAACUCUGUUGAUGAAUCAGGAUCUGAUAAGGUUCUUGGACCAGCGACCAAGAAGGGCUCCGUAAGCAGGAAGGGCUGCAUGGGAAUGGACCACCUCUUUUGUUUCUGAUGUUCUGAAGUUCUUAAGCGUUCUGCACUUAAAGGGCGAGUUUGAACUUGUUUGCCCUGUUAUGAGAAGAGAGAAAAAUACAGAGAGAGAGACACAUACAAAGAACUCAUUAAAACUGAAAAUAAGACGACAAUCAUGAUCUCCCUCCAGGUGACGAACCUGGAGAGGAGGAGAGCUAGAGGAAGUGAAAGAUAGAGAGAGAGAACAAAAUGAGCUACAUGAGAAAGAGACAGGGUUUUUAAAUGAAGGACAGUGCUCAGAUGUUCUCAGCAUUUCUAUUUGUACUUUUUUCAUUCGGUUUCCUCUGAGGUUGUCUUCUGCCCCUGCUGUGAUAAUAAUAUAUUGUGAUGAUGUUAAUUAAGACACUUUUCAAAGAAACCGCUAUUUUGUAUUGCUACGAGACAGUGGAAGCAAAAUGGGUGACCGAUGGCUUUAGAGCACCCUUUCAUUCUGAAUGAGUAUGUGGGAGUGCUUACCUCCCACCUCUAUUCCUGCCUGCCAUAGUUCUUUCCCAGCCUUCUGAAAUCCUCAGAAAGAUUUCAUUGUUUAGGUCUUGCAUACCUCUGUAUGCAUGUUACUUGCCUAUUUUCUUAUGUGAAUAGUUACAUUAUGUUAAACAAACAAACUUGUGUAAAGUACCCUUAUGGUCAAGGUAUGGAAAUAUGUUACACAAGCUGAAACAAAAAGCCAAUUAAGAGGUAUGGAUUCAGGCUUUAGGAUAGGCUGGGUAGGCAGGAAUAGCAAAUGGAAAGUAAGCAAACCCGAUUUUAAUGUUAUAUUGCGACUGUACUGGAUGUGUCAACAAGUGCUUUAUUGUAUGUGUUUGGUUGGGGGAGAUGGCUAGUGCUGCCAAAAAAUGACCCCUCCCCCCGGACCGCCCUGUAUGCCAAAAUAAUGUGUACAGUAUGACCUGGAGGGGCAAGGUGAUGAUGGUAUUGUUACCAGGACAACCCCUGAGGUCCUCCAUCUCGUGGGAUGUAGGGAAUAGAAGGACUCUGUUGAAGGAGGACAGCCAGAGAUGCACCUGGACAGACAGACAAAUGGAUGAACACUACAAUGAUGAUCUGACAGCCUGUCUAUCCAGGGGCAUAUUUGGAACCACAGCCACAACCACAGGGACCUGAAAACGAGACGAAGGGGAUGUACGAUGCUAACAUUUGUUUCCCUCGCAAGGAGGAAGCAAUAGAAGGGGAUGUAGAAUAUUGAACAGAUCCCAGGUGAAGAGGUACAUAAUGGUUUAUAGUCACCGUGGUUUAUAAUUGUGUUGCAUCAUCCUCCACGAACAUACUGUACACGUAUGACAUGGUCAUAACUGUUCAAAUAUGCCAUGCUUUGACUAGAGUGGGGUACAGUUUUCUCAACCUUGUGCUAAUAAUGCAAUGAAACAUUCUACCAUGUUUACUUCCAAAGUACCUCUUCACCACAGAAUGGGCCAAAGUAGACUGCAGAUGUUUGUUAUUGCUACCCAGACAGUUUUCUAUUUAUUUUCCUACGUUUGUAUUUAAGUUAUGAAAGUCCGUCCAUGACACAAAGCAAAACUUGACUUUGUGAUACACUUGUUCCUUUUCUGCUUAACCCCUCUCUGGUUUUAUGCUUUUCAGGUAAAGAGAAACACUGCAUGGCAUGCCACUUGUUCUGGUUUAUGAAACACAAUGAUGUAUGUUUCACAGUUCAGACAAAGGAGAACUCUGUAUUUCUGAGGGAGCCAGUCUGAGUUUGAAAGGGUUAUUAAUACUUCAAAUAUGUUUCUUCAGAUAAUUGUGAAAAUGACACUGUGGUUAUUUAGUUAUUUCUAAAAAAAGUUAGUUUAGUGUGAAAAUAAAGCAGUUUUAUUUAAACAAUUACAUUUGUGCUGAUUUUAGACUAUAAGUGAAGUGUCUUGUAAUAAAAAUGCCUGGCUGGCAUGCAAAUGACUCAAAGAGAUAGAGUUUUGCUGAGGCUGUACGCUUCCUUUACCUGAGGGGUAUAUAACCAUGGAAAUGCAUAUACAUUUAUGCACCACACUCGUUUAAAUAAGGCCUU